UUCCACAGUAGAGCGAAAUUAAAACUAACUUCCCCGGCAAACUUCACCUCCCACGCGCCAGUCCAACCUCACCGUGGCUGAUUCUCUCUUGAUAAACUUCUUUACAGCUGUAAAGCGUACGGUGAUGCUAGCGGCUAACGAAAGUCAUGAACGCGUGAUUAUUUGUGAAUAAAUGAAGCGGCUGUCUGUCUCGCCUGGCGAGUGUCCGGAGGUAGCAUUAGCACGCUAACUUAGCUCGUUAGCUCGCCUUUUAACAGUGGGUCGAUCGCAUUGUUUGCCUUGUAUCGCUAUUUAGACGAUAUCCGAAACAAACCGCCACAAAACAUGUAUACAAUCGAUCUGCCUGCUGCUCAAAUGUCGCACAAUCCACUCUAACGUGCUAAUCCGAGUGAUUUCCAAUGGAUUGUUGUCGAUGCCGGACAGAUGGACAGGUUGUUUUUGGCUGAGCGCAAGCAUGUCGGAGGAGGCAGUGCGUCAAACACGCAGCCAGAAGCGGGCCUUGGAGAGAGACCAUGCCGCUCCUGCUGGUGACACUGACAGCAAACGGGUGAAGGUUGAGAAGGAAGAUGGAUCUGGAAGCCCCCUGGCUUUAGUGGUCUCUGGAACCGAUGGUGUCAAGCUGAAGAGUGAACCAUCUGCUAAAGUUGCUGCUAGUAUCUUGAAGACUGGGGAAGUGAAAGCUACCAUUAAAGUUGAAGUGCCGACUGGGGAUGAGCCUGUUGAUAUGAGCACUUCUAAAAGUAAUGUGAAGAAGGAGCGUCAGCCCCCGUCCCCUGAUGAUGUGAUCGUCUUAUCAGACAACGAACCAUCCAGUCCUGUCAUGAACGGCCACUGCUUCACUAAGACGGACACCGACAAACUUAUGAAGAGUUCCCCGGAGGAGAGGGAGCAGAUUAUUAAACAGCUGAAGGAAGAGCUGAGGCUUCAAGAGGCAAAGCUGGUGUUGCUCAAAAAACUGAGACAGAGCCAGAUCCAGAAAGAGACCACAACACAAAAGACAAGUGGCUCUGUGGCAACACCUCCUCCUCUAGUUAGAGGAAGCAUGGUCUCAAGCAAAGGAACUCUUCAGGUGACCGGUCGAAAUUCAGGUACGGUGAUUCCACCCCCAUUGGUACGUGGAGGACAACAGGGCCAGUCUAAACACAGCCUUGGCAUGCCACCUCUGGUCAGAGGUGCCCAGAUCACCAGCCUUCGUCAGCAGCAGGGUGGUUCGGGACCUCCUCCACUUUUGCUGGCCCCCAGAGCCUCUGUGCCCAAUGUUCAGGUGCAGGGGCAGAGGAUUAUUCAACAGGGUCUCAUUCGGGUGGCUAACGUGGCCAACAGCAAUGUUCUGGUUAACAUUCCACAGGCUUCUCCAACAGGCAUGAAAGGCUCUUCGUCCAAUUCCAGCAUUAACGACUCCCCUGCCAGCAGACAAGCUGCCACCAAGCUCGCCCUGCGAAAGCAGUUGGAAAAAGCUUUGCUGGAAAUACCUCCUCCGAAACCUCCUGCUCCCGAGUUCAACUUCCUGCCUUCAGCAGCCAAUAAUGAGUUCAUCUACUUGCUAGGCUUGGAAGAAGUGGUGCAAAAACUUCUGGAGAUGCACGGCAGAGGCAACCUGGGCCCGGCCGCAGCGAUGGCCAACUCUCUUCCCAAAGAGCCACACUCCUGUGCUCAGUGCAAGACAGACUUUACUCCACGCUGGAGAAAGGAGAAGGCUGGGGUCAUCCUUUGUAAUCAAUGUAUGUCGUCCAAUCAGAAGAAGGCUCUGAAAGCAGAGCACACGAGUCGUCUGAAGUCGGCUUUCGUCAAGGCACUCCAGCAAGAGCAGGAAAUUGAACAGCGCAUCCUCCAGCAAGCAGCUUCCUCGUCCUCAUCUGCCUCAUCCAUUUCCAAAACCACCUCAUCCUCUUCGUCUCUGUCCAAAAGUGAGGCUCUGGUGUCUCAGCAGUACAAGCAGGUCCGAGCUGCCAUGCAGCACCGGUCUGUCUCUGGCCACCACGCCUCUAUUAAGCAGAAUGCAACUCAGUUGGCGCACAGCCUCCAGUCCGCAGUGACCUCUCGUGGUGUAGCCCACUUCACCAGCUCCUCCCAGCUGCAGAAGGCGGUCACAGCAGCGGCGCUGGGCAGCCGUCCAGGUAAGCAUGGUGCUGCUAGCCAGAUGCAGCAGGGGGCAAAGAUCAGCGCCAGCAGCAGUAACCAGGGCAACAUGACUGCGUGGAGGAAGCAGAACAGUGGCAAUGCAGGUGUGACGAUGGCAUAUGUCAACCCCAGCUUGUCUGCUCACAAGUCCAGCUCUGCUGUGGAGCGCCAGCGCGAGUACCUGCUGGACAUGAUCCCCUCACGGUCCAUCUCCCAGGCGGCCAACAAUUGGAAAUAAUGAAGUCUUACCCCACCCAAUGACCCUGUCGUAAUAUCAAUAACAGCCAUUCGAGUUACUACUCUUGAUUGUUUGUGGAUCCUCUGGGGACUCUUCUUCUCUGCUCACUGCGGGGUAAACCAGCUACUUUUGAUUGAUGGAACUAUUCUCUCUGCUUUCCCCUCCUGGAUCAUGACCCGAGUCAAGGUUCUUAAAAUAUUUGGUGCACAUGUGAAAGAAUUCCGGCAGUCAGGUUUACACGUGGGUAGAAUUUUCUGACCUCUAGUGUGAUCGCUUCUCCCUUUGUUUUGGCUGCGUCCCAGUUGCACCAAAGGGAGAUGCUACGUCCUGCCAGAGCUGCUCUGGAUGUGGUCGGAAUAAAUGCCAUUGAAUACGCCGACAUCCACGUUACAUCCCUCUGGUCUGAGCCCUUUGCAAGUUGGAACGCAAUGUUCUUCAAAAACCGAGCGAGUGUCCAGGACCGCCUAAUAAAUGCUGACUGCUUAACCAUUGCAAAGGUUAUUUAAAAAAAAAAAAGACUGUUUAAAAAAAACUGACUGCUUCUUCCCUUAAACCUCUGGCAAGUGGAGAAGCUGUUGUCUGGAUUUUGUAUGCCUGAAUGUUAGGAUUUUGUCUUUCUUCAAGUCAUGUAUUGUGUUUUGAAUAUUGUGCUCCCAGAUACUUUGAACGUGGCCUCCUGCUGGGGCCUUAAGUUACUGUUGAGGUGGUUUUACAUCUGCUGGGUUUGUAGUUGAACUUUUAAAGGCUUUUUUUUUUUUUUUUUUUUUUGGAAGUGAAAGAUUACUGUUUUCACUGAGUAAGGUAAAACACAGAGCUUGUGUUUGGAGGACUAUUCUAUUGAAUAUUGUAGGGGAAAAAAAAAAGAAACUUCCAAAGAACAAGUGGAGCCCAAAUAGAAUUCCUUCUGCUAGAAGGUUUUUGGACCCUCACUCAAUAUAAACAUGUUUUCAUGCCAUCCUGAGGAGGUCUGAAGAAUGUCAAAAUUUUUUUGACGUUUUGCUUUUAGUCACAGCGUUUGGGUGCAUUGCUUUCUUCCUGCUGUCUUUUUGGUUUAUUUGUAGGGCUCUGUUAGGAAAACCCACAGUCUGAAUGACUUUUUUUUUCUCUUGUCACAGCUCCCCCAUUCUGCCAUUUAUUCAGAAUGUAGUUAUGCAAAAACCUCUAAUAGCAACAAUUGUCUCGUUCCUGUUGUUGGCUUAAGCUAAAAUGUUCCUAUCAGGUUGCAGCAGCACAGGAUAAGCUAGUGACACACACACACACACAUCACACCCUACACUCAGUAAAUCCAAGUUUGUGCAUGCUCUUCGAGGCCAUCUGUCUCACAGGUGGCAUCUUCAGCGCCUCCGUUCAUACCUAUAUUGCUGCAAGCCCACUUAACUAUGGGUAAAUGGGGGAAGAAAAACCCUUGUCCAUUUCUUACUCGAAUAGCUCACCCCUCAGUAGUCGAACCCAUAAUUCCGUUCUUGGCUGCGUUUACUGUUAAACCGAGAUGUAAUUUGAUCCGUCACACUGCAUUGAAAUGGGAGAUCCAGAUCCUUGGUGUCUCUAUUUAUCUGGGUUUUAUUCGGGGAUCCAGCGCCAUCGAGCACCGUAUAAGUGAAUGACUUUUAACGACACUGUAAAUAUCCGAUUAUGUAUUGGGGUCAAAUUAAAAAAAAAUAUUCCAUGUAGUCAGCACAUUCCUGACAGGCGGGGGCGCUUCAAACCCUAACGAUCUGGAGUGACGAACACCUGUGUGCCCUGACAUCUGCCAAGGCGGCUGUUGGACGACACUGUUCCCACCAUUCCGUUUCCAGCGGAGGCGCCAUAGUGCACCCUGCACAACAAAAGAAAAGGCUGUAGAAGUAUUUUUUUUUGUUUUCCUUGAGUUGUUUUCUUUCUGCUCUGAAAUAAUAAAAACUAAUUUUAUCUC